UUCAUUUUCAGCCCCAUCAUUUCAACUUCACACAUCAAAAAACACACAAACCACAAACUCAUUUUCAUACCAAACCCAUUUCAUACCCGUCUCUGCAACUUCACACACCAGAAAGCAAAAAAAAGAAAACAUUUUGUAUGUAUAUACGACAGUGGUGUUCCUCGUCAACCACCUCAUACCCCUUGCCGAAAUCCAGUCUUUAAUUAAAAAAUUGAGAACCAUCAUAAUCUUGACAUACCCCUCAUCUCCUCGGUGGUGGUAAUUGACAAGGAAAUAACGGUAAUAGCGUUUAAGACAAUGGUGGUUGUGAUGGAGGUGGCGAUUAGUGAUGAGUUGGGAUUGGACUUGUGUGUGUGAUUUUGGAGCUGAUUUGCGACGGCAAUAAUGAAUUCACAAAUUGGCGCCCGCGCUAUGCCUCGCAUCGGUGAUUGACGACUCGUCAGUACUGUUGCCGCAGACGCCUUGACGAAGCAGGUUACCUCAAGAUCUCCGACUUCGGCCUUCUCCACCCUAUCGGAUUAGCUCGACUGCCCCCCUGCUCCUCUGCCAGAACCAUUCGACGGAGCUUGGUUCGUCACCGGCAACGGAGCCCUUUGCUUCAUCGGCUUUUUUACUGCCCUCCAUGUUUUUAGCAAGCUCUACUGCUACCGAUCUGGUGCCGCACGAGGUUGUUGACAAUGGAUAUUCAAGGCCAAACCCCUAUCAUCGAUCUGGCCGACGCUUGUUUGGCUCCCCCGUGUGGCUGUUUGUAUGCGUGUAUAUAUCUAUAUACAUAUAUGCGUGUGUGUAUAUGUUUGGUUGUUUUAUAUAUCUAUAUUGAUAUAUAUGUGUGUAAUUUUAAGGAGUUUGUUUUGGGUGGUGGUGGUGGUCCGAUAGUUCUGUUUAAGGUUGAAUUAGGGAUGAUAAUAGUUCGAGGAGAAAGAAGAGGAAGGUGUAUGUUAGGGUAGUUUGGUUACAAAAAUAGUUAACAAGAGAUCAAAUGGUAGUAUAAUUAUUUAAUAUCUCAAAAGUAUUAUGAGUCACAAAAAAAAAUUGACAUAGUUGACAUUUGAAAUAUAAGUGAAAUAUUAACUAUUAAUUUAAAUAUAAGUGAAAUUAAAAAUUAAAAUGUUAAUUUAUGUGUAAAAUGAUGACUGUAAUUCACCCAAAAAAAAAAAGAAAAAAGAAAAUUGAAACAAAUGAUACUUUUUACUGUCGCUUCUCCCGCGCUUACCUAAUUGGCGCGCAAGGUCCCACAAUCCAACAUGUUCACUCCUCACGCAGGUGGUCCCCACUCACCACCUCCGAAUAGUCGUCGUUUAAACGAGUGCAUACACAGUUAUACACACACAUGGUUUAAGAGAGAAACCCUCGUAUGCCGUUCGUUAGGGCUUCGUCUAAACCUCGAACGAUUCAGCUUGAAGGAUGGCUUUUUGGGGAAUUGAAGUUAAACCCGGUAAACCGUUCAGUCAUUUGUUUGAUAUAGCGAGAGGAAAACUCCACAUUUCCCAGGCGACAUUGGGAAUCGGUUCCUCGACAAAGAAGAGUUUAGUUCAGUGUAAUGUAGGAGAUAAGAGCCCUGUUUUUCUAUGCGCUUUGUUGCCCAAUAAGACUGAGUCUUGCCAUUUGGAUUUGGAAUUUGAGGAGGCUGAUGAAGUUCUUUUCUCAGUUAUUGGUCCUCGAAGUGUUCACCUCACUGGUUACUAUGUGGGAAAUAGCCGGCAUUCAAAUUUAAAUGAUGAUACAGAUUCCUAUGGGGAGGAUAUUGCAAACACUGAGACAGAGGAAUCUAAUCAUCGCAGUGAUGAAGACGAAUACGACGAUAGUUUUAUUGAUGAUAGUGAUGCAAAAGUUAUCCCACAUUCGCCCGUUUCAAGUGAUGGAGUGGUUGAUGAGGAGAUGCUGGAUAACAAGAAGCCAAAGGACAGGAAAGGCAGCCGUAAACGACUUAAGAAGAAAUGCCAGUCUGUUGAGUCAGAUGAUGACAGUAGUUUUUUACAGAAAAAAAUUGGCAAUGGUAGUAGGAAUGUUCCAGGACCAGAAAGUGAAGGGGAAGACAAUUGCCCCAUUCCAUCUCUAUACAAGUGUAAAUCAAAUGAGACAAAUGUGGUAUUGAGAGCAGAAGAAAAUGCUGACAGGGUAAUAGGUGAGACGGGCUACAAGACAGAAAACAAUGGCACAUGUGCAAAGACUGAAGAUGAUGGCACUCCUGUCAUUGAAUCAAAAGGAAAACCUAAUGUAGUUAUAGAUGGUGAGCCAGAAAGGGAAAGGGACCCGCAAUAUAGUUCUAUGCAGCCAUGUGAUGAAGUGAGCUCUGAGAAUGACUCAGAGCCAAAGAAGAAAAAACAAGUACACAGUGAGGGAAAAACUCCUGAAAUUGGUAGUAUUAAUGUUAGCAAUGCGUUCAAUGAGGAUAAAAUGCAGCACGAAGAGGCAAACACUGAGAGUAUCAGCCAGUAUCUGCUUGUUAGAAAUGAACAAGAUGAGAAGCUAGCCACUGAUAAAGGAUCAAACCUGACAUAUAAUUCCUUGUCCAAUUCUACUGAAUUGGGCACUGGAAUCUGUACAAAGCCUAAGAAGAAAAGGAAAGAACGAUCUGAGGGAAAAACUCUGGAGUCCAAUAGUUCUAGACAUUGCAGUGCCCUUGAAGAGUAUAAAACCCAUCAAGAUGAAGCAAAGGGUAAUACCACGGACCAUGAGCUUGUGAGAAAUAAGAACAAACCGAAGCCAGCCACUAAUAAGGGAACUGACUCGUCAUAUAAUUCCUUGCUGUCUUCUGCUGAAGUGGGCUCUGAAAAUGGCACAAAGUGGAAGAAGAGAAGGAAAGAUCGGGCCGAGGGGAAAUCUCUUGAGGUUAGCAGUGCAAACCAUAGUAAUAUUCUCUAUGAAGGCCAAGUAAAGCAGGAUGACGCAGAGAUUGGUAAGAGGGGCAUGGCUCCGCCAGAUAGAAUUGAACAAGAUCAGAAGCCAUCCAAUGAUAAGACUAUCAAAAUUGACUCAGAGCAGUUAGCUGGUGGAUACCAGUCUGUGGAGAAGAAAAUUAAGAAGAAAAGGAAGAGUAAAACGCUGGAGGAAAAUGUGAAUGUGGAUGUACCUAUGUUGUCAACAGGAGAAAAGAACAAGUCCAGCUUGGAAUCCGGGGAUAAGAAUUCAGAUGCCAAGUUAUCUCAAACAAGAACCUUGUCUAAUGGAUUAAUUAUUGAAGAGCUAGAAAUGGGUAAACCUGAUGGCAAAAUGGCUGCUCCAGGGAAAAAGGUCAAAGUCAAUUACCUUGGUAAGCUAAGGGAGAACGGAAAAGUUAUUGACUCGAAUAUUGGCAAACCGCCCUAUAAGUUUCGCCUAGGUACUGAAAAAGUUAUAGACGGAUGGAAUGUUGGUCUUGAUGGUAUGCGAGUUGGUGAGAAAAGAAGGCUCUUUAUCCCACCAUCAAUGGGAUAUGGAAGUGAAGGAGCUGGUGAGAAUAUACCACCAAAUUCUUGGCUGGUAUAUGAAGUUGAAUUGGUUGAUGUCCGCUGAUUCAACUGAUUCGUUGUUGUAGAUUUAACCUGAAAAAGAGCUCAUUUUUGUGCUAGAUUGGUGGGGAGAUCAUUUUAUGACAAAAUGAGCUAUAUUGGUUUUUUGUUUUUUGUUUUUUUUCAAGCUACAAUAUGGCGAGGGGUAGUUGUAUGGUAGAAAUGAGCUAUUAGUUGUAUGAUAGAAAUGAGCUCUCUGUUUUGUGAUUCAAAACUGCAACAUGGUGAUGGGUAAUCUUAAUUCUUAUAUGAUAGGAUGAGCCUCAUUUGUGAUUCAAAA